AUGAGAAGAGCAGGGAAAAGAGACGAGAAGGGAAAAGCAAAGAGCAAGAAAGCAAAAGCUUCAUCGUCUCCAUUCCCACGCAAAUUGGAUUUUUUUUCCCAUUUUCAUUUUUUUUUUCCUUUCCAUUUCUCCUCCCCACCCGAUUUUCUCUCUCGCAUUUUUCUGAGGAACCGAACGCCCCAACUGUCAACAGCAUCAGCAGCAGCUCUGGUUCGUAUUUGUGGCCUUGCUCGGGCGCUUAAGCUCCACCUCUCACACGAUCUCCGGCCAUCUCUGCUUCGAGCUAUUCGAGAUCCCGAGGUGCCCUUUUGCGCAGAUCGAAGCUAACUCGAAGUGCUUCCAGCAAUACUUCCUCCCCACUGCCUUCAGCUCAGCUUGAGGUAUUAGACUUCUCCUGGAAAAAUGUCAGGGACCGUACGGGUCCAACCCUCUAUUCAGUCAAUCAAAUCGUUGCCUGGAGACUUUAGGUUCAUGGGUUCACCAGGGUCUGAUCGGCUUCAGACAAAUGAGAAAAGCCGAUUAGGGAGUGGUAAGACUAUCACGUUAAGUGUCCCUGAGAAUGGAAAGCUCAGGGAUGGCAUUGACGAAGCUGCCGAGAGUUACGAAGGUGAUUUUGAUCAGGCCAAUGACGAUUCACCAUACAGUGGCAAUUUGGCAUCAACUGAGGAAAGGCCUUCUAUUGGUGAAGAAGAUGUUGAUGCAGUUGCUUUGCCUUUGCCUUCAAGCUCAAAGCCUCCUGCUGAGAAUAGGUGGGGUGACACCAGUUCAUAUGCUGGAAAAAAGAAGGUUCAAUCAUGGUUUCAACUUCCAAAUGGGGAUUGGGAGUUGGUGAAGAUUUUGUCCACUUCAGGAUCUGAAUCUCUUAUUUCAUUAUCUGAAGGGAAAGUUUUGAAGGUGAAAGCUGAUUGUUUAGUACAAGCAAAUCCUGAGAUUCUAGAUGGCGUUGAUGAUCUGAUGCAAUUAAGUUAUCUGAAUGAACCAUCAGUUCUGUACAACCUUCAAUAUCGGUACAAUCAAGACAUGAUCUAUACUAAAGCUGGUCCAAUCUUGGUUGCUAUCAAUCCCUUCAAGAAGGUUCCUUUAUAUGGGAAUAAUUACGUUGAAGCCUACAGGCGAAAAUCAAUCGAGAGUCCACAUGUUUAUGCUAUCACUGAUACUGCAAUAAGGGAAAUGAUUCGAGAUGAAGUUAAUCAGUCUAUAAUCAUCAGUGGUGAAAGUGGAGCUGGGAAAACUGAGACUGCAAAGAUAGCUAUGCAGUAUUUAGCUGCUCUUGGUGGUGGUAGCGGAAUUGAGUAUGAAAUACUGAAGACCAAUCCAAUCUUGGAAGCAUUUGGUAAUGCAAAAACAUCGAGAAAUGACAACUCUAGCCGCUUUGGUAAGCUGAUCGAAAUUCAAUUUAGUGAAACAGGGAAAAUUUCUGGUGCUAGGAUUCAAACAUUUUUACUGGAAAAGUCUAGAGUUGUCCAAUGUGCAGACGGAGAGAGGUCAUAUCAUAUUUUUUAUCAGCUCUGUGCUGGGGCUCCUCAUGCUUUGAGAGAGAAGCUAAAUCUGAGGACUGCUGAUGAAUACAAAUAUUUGAGGCAGAGCAGCUGCUUUUCAAUUGCCGGAGUUGAUGAUGCCGAAGAAUUUUGUGUUGUCAUGGAAGCUCUUGAUGUUGUCCAUGUUAGCAAGGAAGACCAAGAAAGUGUGUUUGCAAUGCUUGCAGCAGUACUUUGGCUGGGGAAUACCUCUUUUACCGUGAUAGACAAUGAAAACCAUGUGGAAGCAGUAGAAGAUGAAAGUCUUAGCACUGUUGCUAAACUGCUUGGAUGCAGCACUGGUGAACUUAAUCUAGCCCUAUCAACUCGUAAAAUGAGAGUUGGGAAUGAUACUAUUAUCCAAAAAUUAACUCUCUCACAGGCUACUGAUACAAGAGAUGCCUUGGCGAAAUCAAUUUAUGCUAGCUUAUUCGACUGGCUGGUUGAACAAAUUAAUAAAUCUCUUGCUGUGGGCAAGCGGCGAACUGGAAGAUCCAUUAGUAUUCUCGAUAUAUAUGGUUUUGAAUCAUUUGACAGGAAUAGUUUUGAGCAGUUUUGCAUAAACUAUGCCAAUGAAAGGUUGCAGCAGCACUUCAAUCGGCAUUUGUUCAAGCUGGAGCAAGAGGAAUAUGUGCAAGAUGGUAUCGACUGGGCGAGAGUUGACUUUGAAGAUAAUCAGGAUUGCCUCAAUCUUUUUGAAAAGAAACCACUGGGGUUACUAUCUCUUUUGGAUGAGGAGUCCACAUUCCCAAAUGGUACUGACCUGACGUUUGCUAACAAGCUUAAACAACACCUGCAUUCCAACUCUUACUUCCGCGGAGACCGAGGCAAAGCAUUUACUGUUAAUCAUUAUGCUGGGGAGGUGACAUAUGAUACAACUGGAUUUCUAGAGAAGAACAGAGACUUAUUGCACUUGGAUUCUAUCCAACUUCUUUCUCAAUGCUCGUGUCCUCUCCCUCAGAUAUUCGCUUCGAAUAUGCUUAACCAAUCAGAAAAGCCUGUAGCUGGUCCUUUGUUUAAAGCAGGCGGAGCAGAAUCACAAAAGCUGAGUGUUGCCACGAAGUUCAAGAGUCAGCUCUUCCAAUUAAUGCAACGGUUGGAGAGCACCACGCCACACUUUAUACGCUGUAUAAAACCCAAUAGUUUACAGUCUCCUGGAGUAUAUGAGCAAGGCCUCGUACUACAGCAGUUGAGAUGUUGUGGAGUCCUCGAAGUAGUUCGAAUAUCAAGAUCAGGAUUUCCUACAAGAAUGUCUCAUCAAAAGUUUGCUCGGAGGUAUGGUUUCCUUCUAUUAGAAAGUGCGGCUUCUCAGGACCCACUCAGUGUUUCGGUUGCAAUCCUUCACCAGUUCAAUAUUCUACCUGAGAUGUAUCAAGUUGGCUACACGAAAUUAUUUUUCCGAACUGGCCAGAUCGGGGUACUCGAAGAUACAAGAAACCGUACCCUUCAUGGGAUUCUGCGCGUGCAGAGUGUCUUUAGAGGCCAUCGGGCUCGGGUUUACAUCAAGGAGCUUAGAAAGGGCAUCACAACUCUUCAAUCAUUUAUCAUUGGAGAAAAGGUGCGAAAAGAGUAUGCCGUCUUGGUAAGAAGACAUAGGGCUGCUGUUUCUAUACAGAAAAGGGUGAAAAGCAAGAGGGAAAUGAAUAGGUACCAGAAACUUUGCGAUGCAUCAGUUGCGAUACAGUCAGUUGUUCGUGGUUGGCUUGUCAGAAGAUGCUCCAGCGACAUUGGGUUUCUGAGAUCAGGGUUUAAGGGAGCUGAGCCUGAAGAGGUGCUUGUGAAGGCAUCCUUCCUUGCAGAGUUACAGCGCCGUGUCCUAAAAGCCGAGGCUGCCCUCCGAGAGAAGGAAGAGGAGAAUGACAUCCUCAAGCAACGGCUCCAGCAGUAUGAGAGCCGCUGGUUCGAGUACGAGGUGAAGAUGAAAUCGAUGGAGGAAGUGUGGCAGAAGCAGAUGAGGUCUCUCCAGUCGAGCCUCUCAAUCGCGAGGAAGAGCCUCGCAGUUGACGGCUCCAGCAGGAACUCCGAUGCUUCCGUGAACGAUGAUCAGGACCCCACCAGUUUGGAGGCUGGACCUUUGACAGAGAGCAACGGGACCAGGCCGAUGAGCGCAGGACUGAGCGUGAUAAGCCGGCUCGCGGAGGAGCUCGAGCAGAGGAGCCAAGUGUUUGGAGACGAUGCGAAGUUUCUGGUGGAGGUGAAGUCGGGUCAGGUGGAUGCAAGCUUGAACCCGGACAGGGAGCUGAGGAGGCUGAAGCAGAUGUUUGAGGCGUGGAAGAAGGAUUACGGGAUGAGGCUGAGGGAGACGAAGGUGAUACUGAAUAAGCUCGGGAACGAUCAGGGAGGAGGGGCUGCUAUUGAUAAGGUGAAGAAGAAAUGGUGGGGAAGGAGGAACAGCUCAAGGAUUAAUUAAUCAAAAUUCCUAUUUCUUUUUUAUACCUCCCCAACCUUUCGGAGAGAGUUGGAGAUGGCUGAAACGCGCUUCACCUUAAGAGAGAGAUUUUGAGAAAUGGUACAAAAUUACUAAUUUGGUUGCUACUGCUAGAUCUCUCAUCAAAGUUCAUAUUUCUCAAAUUUGUUGUAUAUUUGAUUUGAGAUUGUUUUUGCCACGGAGGAAUUUGUUGUGAGCAGGAUUUUGCUUGGUACAGUACAGAAGAUUGGACUGAACCUACUCAGUUGAUAUACCAAUCAUAUGUAUAUUUUCUCGGAAAAACAUCGUCUGUCCCAAAUUUUAUUCGGAUUUGCUGACUAUACUCGAACGGUUCAAUGA